AUGUCAAAAUCAAAUCAACAUUCAAUUACAACUAGUCCUAUAGUCAUAUCUUCUCCAACAUUAUCUGGUCCCAUUAGAUCUUUACCUAUAUCAAAACCUCAACAAUCAUCAACAAUUUUAUCAAAUUUACGUGGUAAUGUCAUUUUAGUCACUAAAUAUAAUUUUAUUGCUGAAGGAGAAAAUGAAUUAUCAGUUAAUAAAGGAGAUUUAGUUAAAUUAAUUGAUCGAUUAGGUAAUGGUUGGAUAUUAGUCAAAUAUAUUGAUCGUGUACAACCUCCAGGAUUAAUUCCUGCUUCAUAUGUUGAUAUUGCCGUUAAUGAUCAAAUUAAUCCCAUAACUUUGACUUGGUUACAAAAACUUGAUGAUACACUAGAAGAAGAAGAAGAAAAAGAAGAAGAAAAAGAAAAUCAAUCUCAAUCUCAAUCUCAAUCAACUAAUCAUAAUCAUGCUAUUAAUAAUAUUAUUGAUGAAUUAAAUUAUUUAGAUUUACAAUUUAAUAAAGUUGAAUCGAAAUUUGUCACCAUAAAUAAUCGUCCUUAUCCUAUUCAAGCUUCAAUAUCAAAUUUCUUAUUAUUUAAUGGAAGAAUAUGGUAUCGAUUAGAUAUUGAAUAUAGUGAUAAAUCAAAAUCAUAUAUUUGUCGUUAUUAUCAAGAUUUUUAUAAUUUACAUAUUAAAUUAUUGGAUUUAUAUGAAAUUUUAUCUCAAAAUAAUAUUGGCAAUUCUAAUUCUAGUGGAACCAUUGGUGGACCCACUGGUGGUGGUGGUGGUGAUAAUAAUAAUAUCAAAUUACCUAAAUUACCUGAACCAAUACCAACUCAAAAUAAAAAUGAUGAUGAAAAUAAAGAAAUUUCAAUGUUAUUAAAAAGAUGUAAUGAAUUGAAUAUUUAUAUUAAUAAAUUAAUAUUAAAUAAAUAUUAUCAAACUUCUGAUCAAUUAAGAGAUUGGUUAGAAAUUAAAAAAGAUUUACCAGGAUUUAUUAUUAAUUAUUCUAAUAAUAAUGAAGAUAAUAUUAAUGAAAUAUCUAAUGAUGAAAUUAAUGAAAAAAUUUUACCUGGUUCAAUUAAUAUUGUUAAAAAUUAUUAUGAAAAAUUGAAUGAAUUAGAAGAAAUUGAAAAACAAAAACAAAAACAAAUUCAAGUUCAAGAAUCAAAAGAUACUAAAUUACCUCAAAGAUCUCAUUCAAAAAAUAUUUAUAAUAAUUAUCAACAAGCUACUCAUGCUUUGGUAGGUCAUAGUAAUAGUAUGAAACAUACAAUGGUUAUGUCUAAAACUGGAACAAUAAGACAUGUACCGAUUGGGUCUGGGGCUAGGUCUGGGUCUGUUUCUGGGUCUGGGUCUGUUUCUGGGUCUAGGUCAGGAUCCGUUUCUGUUUCUGUUUCUCGAUCCGGGUCUAGGAUUUCUGAUGGUAAAUCAUCACAUUCACAUCCAUCUCAAUCUGAUAGAUUUUCUUCAUCGAAAAGUAGUAAUACCCCAAUGACUAGAAAUAAUACCACUAUAAUUACAAAAUCACAUCCUCAUCAUAAUCAUCAUCAUCAUCAACAACAUCAAACUAAAAAUAAUAACACUGGUAGUACUGGUAGUACUGGUAGUAAUGGAUCAGAUAAUUUUUCUUCAACUUCACCAACAUCUUUAACUUCAAAUUCAACUUCAACAACAACAACAACAACAGCUUCAUCUUCAUCUUCAUCACCAACUCCAACACCAACUCCAACUCCAACUCUUUCAAUAACGAAAAAAAAUAGUGAGACACCAGUUGAUAAUAAUUAUAUACUAUCAUCACCAGAAAUGUCAAGAAUUACCAGUACCACCACAAGUAAUGGUAUUUUUCAAUCAAAUCCAGGGUCACCAUUAAUAGGACCAUCAGCGGCACCAUCAGCAGGACCACCAGUAAUACCCUUGUCAACACUGUCACCACUGUCACCAAUAUUUAAUUCACAAUCACCAAAAUUAAUCAAUAAUAAUUUGAAUUCUUCUAAAAUGGAUUAUAGUCCUAAACCUGGAUUUACUCCAAGAAUUAUCAAACCACCAACUCCAACAAUUUCAUCAACAAAUAAAUUUCAACCAACAACUACAUCUAUUACUAGUACAACAACAAAUUUUUCAACUUCAUCACCAAAAAUGUCACCAAUGGGAGGUCAUUUUAAUGCUAAUUUUCCUUCUUAUUCUCAAACCAAUGAUCUUAACAAUAAUAACAACACCAAUAAUAUCAACAACAAUAUCAACAACACCAACAAUAAGGCAAAACAUCAAAGAACAUUUUCUAAUCAAUUUAUUCGAUGUAAAAUAAUUGAUCAAAAUAAUGAUAUUAUUGUUAUUAAAUUAAAUAAAGGAGAAUUAAAUCUGAUUAAUGAUUUAAAAAAUUGUCUUAAAUCUAAAAUUAAUAUAAAUUUUCCACCUCCUUCAAAAAAUAUGUUAAAUCCAGAAUUAUUUAAUAGUAAUAGUAAUGGUCACGAUGGCCAUGAUGUUGAUGGCCAUGAUGUUGAUGUUGAUGAAAAAUUUAAUCAAAUAUUUAUUAAAUUACCAAAUUUAAAUAAUUUUGAAAAUAUUGAUAUGAUAAAAUUCAAUUUUUAUGAAUUUUUAAGAUUUAAUGAUAAAAUGUAUCUUAAAAUUGAAUGA